GCUAAAUCAGCCUUAAAGACAAUCAAACGAUCCAAAAGAGCUUCUCCAGUUCUCCAGGCUGUCACGCACGCUGUUUCCCCCCCUCGGUCCCGGACGACUCCAUCGAAAUUCCCUCUGCAACUGAGACGCUCGCUACGCACUCACCCUCCAAGCUCGCAACGUCCGUCAAGCCCAUCUUUCGAGACCUGCACACUCCUUUCUCCUUCUGAGACUAUCUCUUUUGUCAAAUUUCUCCUCCCUCCAUUGAACUACACCAUCAAGCGUCUCGACCUACAGCUGCUGGCUCAGUACAGACGCCGCCGCUCACUUGAGAGGCAAUUUUGCUAUAUGUGUGGAAUUGUCAUAUCUGAACUCCCUACAGCCCCUCAUAAUCUCGAGCACCUACGAGACAAAGGUCCAACAUCCAUCCCACUGGGGGCUACAGCGCGACCUCAUUCUGUUCCUGCGUGGUCGAUCUAGGCCUGUUGUGCAACUUCCAGGCCACAGGACUAGUUCACCGCAGCCUCCUCAUCACGUCUCCUUUUUACACCAGCUGGUGCAUCUAGGUGGGGAACCAAGGACGUAAAGGAAAAGAUCGCUACAAUGUCCUCAAGCUCAGGAACGCCAUACAUUUUCUCUCCAGCCGAUCACAAUCAUCUGAUCCCUUACCUCGCAGCACUGCAUGCUGCGUGCAUCAGCUCAGACCGAACCCUUGCGACCUUCUUACCGCCUCUGUCCCAUGAAAAGCUGCUGGGCUGGUGGAAAGACUGCAUAGCAGAGGUGACUGCUGGAACCCGGAUAAUGCUGAUCCUUCUCAACGAAUCCGAGCCGGGGACUAAGCCCAAGGGAACCGAGCUCAUGGGCGUCGUCAUGCUGUGGAUGCCCUACUCGGAGACUGGUCCGUUCCGUGGCUUUGUCGAGAAGCUACUCAUCAGCCCCAAGUUUCGUCAGCGAGGCGGUGCCAGGACCUUGAUGAGUGCACUGGAGGGGGAAGCUGUUCGACGAGGACGAACACUACUGAUGCUUGACACCGAAGCUGGCAGCCCGGCGGAAGAUAUUUACAGAAAGUUCGGGUAUGUCGAGGUAGGCAGAAUCCCCAACUACGGCAUCAGUCCCGCCGUUCCGCGACAGCUUAAGGAUGAGGUCUUUUUCUACAAGCAGCUUGCGGCCUAGGCAGGCAGAUGAUGUUCUUGCUCCGACGGCGUUUGAAAAGGGGUUUGCUCUAGACAGAGCGGCAGGAAUGAGGCGACUCAUAGCGUUUUUCUUAAGUCCGUCCUGGCGAAGACGGGGCUUGGAAAUCAACAAACUAAUGGUUUCUUCCUGAUGCUCGUAAGAAGAACCUACCGGGGUCACACAGUGUUUCAACGUGACGGCGACGGGGUGAACUACUAAACGAACUCU